AGCAAUGAUUAUGUAGUAAGUGAGAUUUCAAGGUGAAGAGGCUGAGCCAGAGCCCACAGCACAUAAAGUUCCAGUCCUGCCUUUGGGAGAUGAGACCAGAACCCAAGCUGUUUCAUCUGGCUUUUUAAAAUCUAUCGGGUUAGAGCUUCUUCAUUUUCUUUCAACACCAAAUGGGGGAGGGGGGAGGAUGGAAUUUUUGUGGAGGGGGGAAGAGUAGAGAAAACAAAAUUUUUUUGCAUAUAACAAAUGGCCUUUCUUUUCAGUCCUCUCCAGAGUCAGCCUAUAAUCAAAGCUGCUCCCCAGCAUUUUCUGGUUCCUGGUGAGAGUUUCUUGGUGCCCUGGGUUGACCAUGACUGAGUGGAGCUGCCUUAUAACAGGAGCAGGAGGGUUUCUGGGUCAGAGGAUCAUCAGCUUGUUGGCAGAGGAGAAAGAGCUGCAGGAAAUUCGAGCCCUGGACAAGGUCUUCAGACCGGAAUUACAAGAAGAAUUUUCUAAGCUUAAGCACAAGGUGAAGCUGACAAUGCUGGAAGGAGACAUCCUGGAUGAGCAGUGCCUGAAGAGAGCCUGCCAGGGCAUCUCGGUUGUCAUUCACUCCGCCUCUAUCAUUGAUGUGACGGGGGCCAUUCAGAGAGAAGCCAUCAUGAAUGUCAAUCUGAAAGGUACCCAGCUCUUAUUGGAAGCCUGCGUCCAGGCCAAUGUGCCAAUAUUCAUCUAUACCAGCACCAUAGAGGUGGCUGGGCCCAACUCCUACAGUGAGAUCAUCCAGAAUGGCCAUGAAGAAGAACAUCUUGAAUCUAAAUGGUCUACUGCAUACCCAUACAGCAAAAAGCUUGCCGAGAAGGUUGUGCUGGCAGCUGAUGGCUGGACUCUUAAAAAUGGUGGCACUUUGUACACUUGUUCCUUAAGGCCCAUGUAUAUCUAUGGGGAAGGAAACCCAUUCAUUUGUAGACAAAUAAACCAGGCCUUGCAGAACAAUGGCAUCCUGAAGAAUUUUGCCAAGCACUCCCUAGUCAACCCAGUCUAUGUUGGCAAUGUGGCCUGGGCUCACAUUCUGGCCUUGAAAGCCUUGCUAGAUCCCAAGAAAGCCCCAAGCAUCCGAGGACAGUUCUACUACAUCUCGGAUGACACGCCUCACGAGAGCUAUAGUAAAUUCAACUACAUCCUGAGUAAAGAAUGGGGUCUCCACAUUGAUUCCGGAAUGACCCUUCCUGUAUCUCUGCAGUAUUGGAUUGCCUUCCUGCUGGAAAUAGUGAGCUCCCUGCUGAGCCCAAUCUAUGAAUAUCAACCCCCUUUCACCCGCCACCUGGUGACAUUGUCAAAUAGUGUGUUCACAUUCUCCUACAAGAAAGCCCAGCAAGAUCUGGGGUAUAAGCCACUCUACAGCUGGGAGGAAGCCAAGCAGAAAACCACCCAGUGGGUUGGCUCUCUGGUGAAAGAGCACAAAGAGGCCCUGAAGAAAAAAACUCACUGAUUCGUGGGUGGCAGGGAUAUAGACCUGCAUAGGUUAGGCCCUAUCUGUCAAGUUCUCCCCUUCCUUUGUCUUCAUGCAGAACGUAACAUGAGCACAACCCCAGGGCCUACUGCCUCCCUUUUACAAGAUGACCAAC